UCUUGCACAAUCUUUGAUAUUUCGCUCCCUCUCUCUCCCUCUCCGCCUCUCUCCCUCUCUGCCCCUAGCUCGCUCGCUCUCGCUCGCUCUCGCACACAUCCCCUCAUCCCGACCAUCUCUUCCGCUCUGCCCCCCUUUUCUAUCUCUUUCCCCCUUUUUUUGGCUCAAGGAUUUGCUCCGCUGAAAGAGGGAGGGGGCACAGAGGGACCUGAUUUUCCACUUUCUUUGGGGGGGCUGCGUUUUGGAGGAUUUAACUUUUGGAUAGAAGUGGCGGAUCAUUCACGUUUCGUCGAGCAGUUUUCUCUCCUUUUCCCUGUCUUUUCGGGUUCUGUCUCCACCGCGAGCCUGUGGCGUUCUCGUGGCUCGGGGAAGCUGUCAGCUCCGCAGCGGCGCGGGCACUGCCAGGGGUCCCCGCUCGCCCCGCGCCCCCACACCCCGGUCGGGAUGACCCCUUCUCUGCACUCAUCCUCGGAAAGUUUGGACGUUGGUCGGUGGGGCUUGAAGCCCCUCUCUCCCUGUUUUACACCCCCCACCCCCGUUAUUCAGCCUCUUUUUUCUUCCUCCUCUUACCACCCCCACCCUUUCCUCUCUCAAGUUCCCCGAAGGGCGCUUAGUGCGCGGGACUGGCGGAGGACGGGGGAUCUGUACGCCUUGGGCGGGGGAGGGGGGGUGUUCCAAGAGGCCGGGGCGCGAGCAGGGGCUGGGCAGCAGGUAGACACCCGCCGGCCGGAGCGGGCAGCGGGCACAGCCGAGGGCUGCUCCCGGCGGCGCGGGCGGCGCGGACUCGGGUGCUGGCGAACGGAAGGCAGGUCCGUUAGGAGGCGGGAACGCCGGGCCUUGGGGCCAGGGACCCGGGAGGCGGCUGCAGCUCUCGCCAGGCGCUUUCGCUGCCGGUUGUGCGUUAGACUAGAGGAUAGAUGCCAGCGGCUUGGGGUCAAGAAUCUUUCCUUUCCUUUUGGCAGAGGGCAAAGGAGGUUCCAUGUCUGCAAAACGAACUUCACCUUCUUCGCCUCUCUCCGCAUCAAGUGCGCCUUCCGGCCGGGAGCAGCUAAGGGAAGAGGGGCUGGAAUGCGUCGGGUCUCGCCUUCCUUCUACUUCUAGUUCACUCCCUCCUCCCCCCAUUCUUUCUGAUCUCUUCUAUCAGAAAAUAAUAAUAAUAAAAUUUCUCAUGGAAUUGUAUAAAGUUUCUCUGCCGAUGCCCAAGUUACUGAGGGUUUCCCAUCCUGGCCCCCUUCCCCCACAGAAGACGGUGCAC